AUGGCUGUACUCAGGGCCAAACAGAAAGAAGUAGAAGCUAUUGAAGCUCAACUUGCUAAAAUGAUGAACGAACUGAAGGUUGUUGAAGAAGAACGCACGCGAUUGCAAGCUGACGUAGACUUGGCGGCCGCGCGCUUAUCCCGUGCCGGAAGGCUAACCCAAGCGUUGGCGGACGAACAAACUCGCUGGGAAGACAGUGUUAAGGCGGCGUCGAAAGCAUUGCAUUGUACUACCGGCGACAUUAUUAUAGCAUCUGGUUGUAUCGCCUAUUUCGGCGCCUUUCCCACAAACUACAGGCGAGAAUUAGUUGUCAAGUGGAUAGAUCAGUGCAAGGAAUUGAAAAUACCGGCUUCCGAGACUUUCGAUCUGAUCACCGUAAUGGCUGACUCAUACACAGUAAGGACAUGGAAUUCGCAAGGAUUGCCGCGUGAUGCAAUAUCUACAGAGAAUGGCAUUUUGGUGACAAGAGCCGGGCGAUGGCCUCUCACAAUCGAUCCACAGGAACAGGCUAAUAGAUGGAUACGAAACAUGGAGAAAGAAAAUGGACUAAUGAUAACAAAACUAAUAGAUGCGGGCUACCUUCGAGUCCUCGAGAAUUGCAUUCGGCUUGGUUGGCCAAUGCUUAUUGAAGACCUCGGGGAGUCGCUUGAUGCUACCUUAGCUCCUGUGCUUUUGAAGCAAACUUUUCUUCAGGCUGGCAGACUACUCAUUCAUUUGGGAGACAGUGAUAUAGAAUAUGAUACGAAUUUCCGUCUGUAUCUCACGACGAAGCUAGCUAAUCCACACUACUUGCCGGAAAUCUGCAUUCAAGUGACCCUCGUCAACUUUACAGUCACGUUGUCCGGUCUCGAAGAUCAGUUACUGGCUGAUGUAGUGAGACUAGAGCGUCCAGACCUUGAAAUAUUGCGGUCAGAGCUGAUUGUUCGUAUCAAUACGGACAAAGCGUCGCUACUUGAGAUCGAAGACAAAAUCCUGAGAUUACUUUAUGCUUCUACUGGGAACAUUUUGGAUGACGAGGAACUGAUUGAAACACUCAACGAGAGUAAAAUAUUCAAUCAAGUUAUAGAAAAAGCCGAAAAAUGUGACGUUCUGGAAACCAGGCUGGAAAUUCUCCGCAACGAGAUAACAUUGUCUGUGUAUCGCAACGUCUCCAGAGGUCUUUUUGAACGACACAAAUUAGUUUUCAGUUUCCUACUAAACAUGGCUGUGUAUUUAAAUACAGAGAUUAUCACACCAGAACAGUGGAACUUUAUCUUACGUGGCGCAGCUGGCUCAGUUGUGGUACCACCCAAAAAGCCACCAAUCGAAGCAAUGACUGAACUCAUGUGGUUAGCCAUCAACCAUUUAAAUGAAACUGACCCUCGAUUUGAAGGAAUAGUUGAUGAUUGUUUUAAAAGAAUUUAUAUUACGAUCGGAAAUUUCUCAGCGCAAAAUAGCAUGUCACCCAAAAACCCUCGUGCGAUAUACGAGUACGGUGGCGACCUGUAA